AUGGCAAGCCAACUAAGAAAAAAAUUGGUGUACUCGAUUGACACACCAUACUCAUCAGUACAAUGGCCCGAGGUCACCUUUGAAGAUCAAGAUACCAUUCUGGAAUUGCUAUGCAGCGUUUUAACGCCACUGGGACAACACCGCCAAAGGCACGUUAAGCCUUCAGAAGGCAAACGGGCUACCAAACGGAAGAGAAAAGAGGAGGGAGCUGCAAGCAAGGAACCCGAGAAGAGCGAACGCCCACCUCUGCCCGAAAUCGCAUCUUUCGUCGACGUUGGUCUGGCAAGCAUCACUCGCAACCUGGAAAGGCUGGCGUCCACACAGCGAGGCUCAGAACAAGGCACCGAAGUCGCCGGCACUGUGACACUCCCUCUCGCUCCAUACGCCCUUAUUUUCGUCGCCCGCUCCGGCCAGUCGUCUGCCUUCAACGCCCAAUUGCCCCAGAUGGUCGCGGUCGCUUCCAAGGCUGCUGCGCCCGCGCCCGCGCCCGCGACAAGGCUUGUUGGGUACUCGAAGCCAUGUGCAGAGAAACUCAGCGCUGCUGUCGGCAUCCCGAGGGUCUCGUCAAUCGGAAUUCGGGUCGGUGCUCCCAUGUCAAGGGCGCUGGUUGACUACGUUCAGCAGCACGUCUCGCCUGUCAACAUCGCCUGGUUGGACGAGGCAAAAGAUGCUGUCUAUCGUCCUACGCAGUUGAAGGUGGACGAGAAAAUGAUGCCGGCCAAGAAGAGCGGCAAAGCGUGA